CAGUUGCUCACGCAGUCGCACGUAAAGAGUGUCGCACGGGAUUUUCUCAAAUAAAAACAAUGGCAGAGCAAAACGCAGAACCUGUGACUAAUAACACCGAAAACGAUUACACGACCCCUGCAAACGAUCCCAAGAAUAUGCAGGAAGUGACACAAUAUGUGCAGUCACUUCUUCAGAACAUGCAGGAUAAAUUCCAGAGUAUGACGGACCAGAUAAUCAACAGAAUAGAUGAAAUGGGCACCAGAGUUGACGAACUUGAAAAAAACAUCACAGAUCUUAUGACACAAGCUGGAAUAGAGAAUGAGAAGUAGGAUCUUCUUAUUUAGUAAUUAUCACUUUAUAAAAUAACCCAAAGAUAAUUUGUGCCUAAAUUAUCUCACAUACAUUAUAUAAAGUUAAGUUGAAUGGUUGCAUGUAAGCAGCUAUUUGCAACGUUAAUGUGUCUUGAGGUUUUUUAAGUAAUGUACCAGUUUUUUAAUUAUCUAUAUUUUUAAAAAUACUUUCUAGUUUUCUGGUAAGAAUAUUUCAUAAAUCAUUACCAUUUUGACAUGAUGGGAUAUUUGUUAUCUGUGCAGAUUUUGCCAGUUCAGGUACCACUGCCAUAUCUAUUUCUUACGUAGAGCAGCAUUGCUGUGUUCUGGAUGAAAUGGUUGUAAAACUAGUGCAGUUGCAAGCAUAAGCCUAUGGCCAGGAAUGCUGUCACAUUGUUAAUGAUAUUGCAUGUUUUGGUGGUGGUUACAACUUCUUAUCAGGUGAACUGCCAGACUGCACCAGUAUAAAAACAUUCUAAAGUACCAUUCAUAUAAAAAGCAUGUUGUAUAUGGUAACAACUGUGCAUUAUUGAUACAAGCACGUUUAGAAUUGAUGCAGUAUGUGGAAAAUCUAGUGUAACUCUUAUGAAUUAUAGUAUAAUAUGGAAUUUUAUUACAAUAACAAGUCUCUGAAAGGACUAUUGUAAUUUUUUACAGCCUUAAUAGGACUGGCUCACUCAUAUUGUUUCAAAUAACUGUAUUUAUUCUUCACAUUUGUCCAGAUGUAUCUUACACCUGAUUAUAUAAAUUGUUAAUGACAAUAUCUGUGUGCAUGUUUCACAAAAGUUGAGUGAUGAAUGUUUCAAAAAAUGUGUUCUUAUUAUUACAAAGUAAUUUAAAUACCUAGGUUACCUUGUGGGGUGACUAAAAUAAAAAAAACCCUUUACAAUGAAUAAGAUUUCACACUCUGCCUAACAUACUACUACUAUAAAUUUGUAAUUACAACAACAAUAAGGCAUACUUUAUAUUUUUAUUCACUGAUAGUUAGCGUUAGCACCGGCAAGUGACAGAAAUAUGUUUGUUUAUUUAGGGUUUUGUAAUCUUAUUUUGUAAUUAUUAAAUGUACUAUUUGUAGAUAUUUCUUUGUGUCUUUUAUGCCCACAUAUUUUGUGUUGUGUGUUGAUGAGGAUCCAGAGAUGACUGAUCUUAUAUAUUAUGUAAAAAAACGCAUUGUAGAUGACUACACUUUAAAACACCAUGUCCCAUCAAUAUUUUUAUUUCAUUCCUAAGAAUUAUCAAUAUCAGCCUAUAAUAAUAUUGUGUAUGUGUGUAACCAAUAUUGAAUAUAGAAUUGUUAUUCUAGUUGGUGACUUAAGUUUUAUGUAUUAUAAUGUUGAGCUGUAUCCAAUUACACUCAGUGGGGUUGGUAUUGAUCACAAGUGUAGUGUCAGGUACAGACUGGCACAAGAAGGGCAAGUUGUAUAAAUGAAUGUUAAAUCAAUAGACUUACAUGUAAUAUUAUCAUUGGAAGUAAAUCUGAUUUACAUUUAUGUCAUUGGGUAUCACUCUCUCCUGGUUCAACAAAGAAUAAUAAAAUUUGUUACGCAAUAAUCUGUUCGAAUUAUAAAUUUGUUAUGCAAGGUUGCUAAGUUGUUGGACGCAAGUGCUACCACGAGCGAAGCAAGUGAUUUAGAAAUAGAAUUCUGAGCCUAGCGCGGGUUUCAAGUCACGAGACGCAAAACAACUUCGCUGCUGAGCGAUACAUACAACUUUUAAGAACAUACCAUUACACGGAAACUACUACCAAGGCAAGUCGACUGAUUCGGCCCUACAUGCCGUUGUCGGAGAUAGAAGUGGCCCUUAAAAAUAAGGCAAUCUGCACAGCAGCAACAGGGCAGCUCGUUACACCAAGUACACACAACUUUUCACCUCACUAUAGCGAGGAAAAUGGUAGAUGAAAGAAAAACAGUUGAACUACAUCAAAUCAGUUUUAAUCAA